UAUCGUUUGACAAUUGACAUGACAACUCAAGUGUCAUAAAUUUUCAAUCAUAACAAUUUGAAAGAUUUAACAAUUUGUAAUAAGAAAUAGUCUGCAUUAUUGUGCGCACAUAUGUUUAAAUUCGAUUAAUAAUGUUUUUGUUCGUGCUACGCGUCUCGUGAGCAAAUGUCAAAAUCCCACACGGAAAAAGGCAACAUAUUUUGCAACUUCAUUUCACAAGAGCUCACCAACAUCAACAUAAAUCCAAGUUCCAUAUCCUUUACGAACUUGACAAUGGAAUCUGACAAGUUCAUCUGCGUCCGCGAGAAGGUAGGAGAAACAGCGCAGGUGGUAAUUAUUGAUAUGAACGAUACGCAGAACCCGAUUCGUCGGCCAAUCAGCGCUGAUUCGGCAAUCAUGAAUCCUGCAAGCAAAGUUAUUGCACUGAAAGCAGCUCAAAAGACUCUACAGAUUUUCAACAUUGAAAUGAAAUCCAAAAUGAAAGCCCAUACUAUGACGGAAGAGGUAGUUUUCUGGAAAUGGAUUACAUUGAAUACAUUGUCUUUGGUAACUGAAACAUCGGUGUAUCAUUGGUCGAUGGAGGGAGACUCUACUCCCGUGAAGAUGUUCGAAAGGCACUCAUCGCUGAACGGGUGUCAGAUCAUCAACUAUAGAACUGAUCCCAAGCAAGCUUGGCUUCUUUUAGUCGGUAUUUCUGCCCAGCAGAACCGUGUCAUUGGAGCAAUGCAGCUGUAUUCAGUUGAACGUAAGGUUUCGCAGGCUAUUGAGGGACAUGCCGCAUCGUUUGCUACUUUCAAGAUGGAGGAAAAUAAGGAAGCAUCAACUUUGUUCUGCUUCGCAGUGCGUUCAGCUACCACAGCAAAAUUGCAUAUAAUUGAAGUAGGAGCACCACCUCAAGGUAACGCUGCUUUCACUAAGAAAGCGGUGGAUGUGUUUUUUCCCCCAGAGGCGCAGAGCGAUUUUCCUGUCGCUAUGCAAGUUUCGCCAAAGUACGAUGUGAUCUAUCUAAUCACAAAAUAUGGCUAUAUUCACAUGUAUGACAUCGAAACGGCAACUUGCAUAUAUAUGAAUCGCAUCUCAGCAGAUACUAUUUUCGUGACGGCUCCACAUGAAUCGAGUGGUGGUAUUAUUGGUGUCAAUCGCAAGGGUCAGGUGCUAUCGGUGACAGUCGAUGAAGAGCAAAUUAUCCCAUAUAUCAACAAUAUUCUGCAAAAUCCGGAUCUAGCAUUGCGUAUGGCCGUUCGAAAUAAUUUGUCUGGGGCUGAAGAUUUAUUCGUGCGUAAGUUUAACCAUUUGUUCCAAAAUGGCCAAUACGCCGAAUCGGCAAAAGUAGCAGCAAUUGCUCCAAAGGGUAUUUUACGCACCCCCCAAACAAUCCAAAAAUUCCAGCAGGUUCCCACUCAACCUGGAACUAAUUCUCCACCGCUAUUGCAAUAUUUUGGAAUAUUAUUGGACCAAGGCAAAUUAAACAAAUAUGAAUCAUUGGAGCUAUGUCGCCCUGUUCUAGCACAAGGUCGUAAGCAGUUAUGUGAAAAGUGGCUAAAAGAAGAGAAACUUGAAUGUAGUGAAGAACUCGGUGAUUUAGUUAAGCCGUCGGAUCCAACACUAGCUCUUUCAAUAUAUCUGCGCUCGAAUGUACCAAAUAAAGUUAUCCAAUGUUUUGCCGAGACGGGACAGUUUCAAAAGAUAGUUCUUUACGCCAAAAAAGUCAACUACACUCCGGAUUACGUGUUUUUACUACGCUCGGUCAUGCGUACUAAUCCUGAACAAGGUGCUGGAUUUGCUAGCAUGUUGGUUGCUGAUGAAGAGCCACUUGCGGAUAUCAACCAGAUUGUGGAUAUCUUUAUGGAGCAGAAUAUGGUACAGCAGUGUACAGCAUUUCUGCUGGAUGCUUUGAAAAACAAUCGCCCUAGCGAAGGAUCAUUGCAAACGCGGUUGCUCGAAAUGAAUCUGAUGUCGGCUCCACAAGUGGCAGAUGCUAUUCUUGGCAAUGCCAUGUUCACACAUUAUGAUCGAGCUCACAUCGCCCAACUUUGCGAGAAGGCAGGAUUGCUACAACGUGCGCUGGAGCAUUAUACAGAUCUGUAUGACAUCAAGCGGGCAGUGGUACAUACACAUCUGCUUAACGGAGAUUGGUUGGUCGGAUUUUUUGGUACCCUUUCGGUUGAGGACUCUUUGGAAUGCCUGAAAGCAAUGCUGACCGCCAACAUUCGUCAAAAUCUACAGAUUUGUGUACAGAUUGCUACUAAAUAUCAUGAACAGUUGACGACGAAAGCAUUGAUCGAUCUGUUUGAAAGCUUCAAGAGCUACGAAGGUCUGUUCUAUUUCCUCGGCUCUAUUGUUAACUUUAGCCAAGAUUCAGAAGUGCAUUUCAAGUAUAUUCAAGCUGCAUGCAAGACAAACCAAAUAAAAGAAGUCGAGCGUAUCUGCCGGGAAUCGAAUUGCUACAAUGCUGAACGUGUGAAAAAUUUCUUGAAAGAAGCUAAAUUGACCGAUCAACUUCCGUUGAUUAUCGUUUGCGACCGUUUUGAUUUCGUUCACGAUUUGGUGCUUUAUUUGUAUCGCAACAGUCUGCAAAAAUAUAUAGAAAUCUAUGUCCAGAAGGUAAAUCCAUCUCGGCUUCCCGUAGUAGUUGGAGGUCUAUUAGACGUUGAUUGUUCCGAAGAUAUUAUAAAGAAUUUGAUCCUGGUCGUCAAAGGCCAAUUUUCUACUGAUGAGUUGGUCGAGGAAGUAGAGAAACGUAAUCGUUUGAAGCUACUGUUGCCAUGGCUGGAGUCCCGUGUUCAUGAAGGUUGCAUUGAACCUGCCACACAUAAUGCGUUGGCUAAAAUUUACAUAGACUCUAAUAAUAAUCCUGAGCGGUUUUUAAAAGAAAAUCAGUUCUAUGAUAGUCGUGUUGUUGGUCGCUACUGUGAGAAACGUGAUCCGCAUUUAGCUUGUGUCGCUUAUGAACGUGGUCAUUGUGAUCGGGAGUUAAUUGCGGUGUGCAAUGAAAAUUCAUUAUUCAAAUCUGAAGCAAGAUAUCUUGUUCGCCGUCGGGAUGCUGAGUUAUGGGCCGAUGUGUUGUCUGAGGCUAAUCCCUACAAGCGCCAGCUCAUAGAUCAGGUUGUUCAAACUGCUCUGUCCGAAACUCAAGAUCCAGAUGACAUUUCGGUCACGGUUAAAGCAUUUAUGACAGCUGAUUUACCCAACGAGCUAAUCGAGCUGCUAGAAAAGAUUGUUCUAGACUCAUCAGUAUUCUCAGAUCACCGUAAUCUCCAAAAUUUGCUUAUUCUAACGGCAAUUAAGGCUGACCGAAGUCGUGUGAUGGAUUAUAUCAAUCGUUUGGAUAACUACGAUGCUCCAGAUAUCGCCAAUAUUGCCAUCAAUAAUGAAUUGUAUGAGGAAGCUUUCGCUAUAUUCAAAAAGUUUGAUGUCAAUACUUCAGCCAUACAAGUGUUAAUUGAGCAAGUUCAUAAUUUAGAACGGGCUAAUGAAUUUGCUGAGCGUUGCAACGAACCGGCUGUGUGGUCUCAGCUGGCACGCGCGCAGUUGCAGCAAGGAUUAGUUAAGGAGGCUAUUGACAGCUAUAUCAAAGCCGAUGAUCCUAGUGCGUACAUCGAUGUUGUUGAAACAGCCAGUAAAAAUGAAUCCUGGGAUGAUUUGGUACGCUAUCUGCAAAUGGCACGGAAGAAGGCGAGAGAAAGUUAUAUUGAAAGCGAACUUAUUUAUGCGUAUGCCCGCACUGGAAGGUUGGCUGAUUUAGAGGAGUUUGUUUCUGGACCGAAUCACGCUGAUAUACAGAAGAUUGGCGACAGGUGCUUUAAUGAUAAAAUGUAUGAAGCCGCAAAGUUACUGUAUAAUAAUGUAAGCAAUUUUGCUCGACUAGCGAUAACACUUGUACAUUUAAAAGAAUUCCAAGGAGCUGUCGACGGUGCAAGAAAGGCCAAUUCCACACGUACCUGGAAGGAGGUGUGCUUUGCUUGCGUGGACGCAGAAGAAUUUCGACUUGCUCAAAUGUGUGGAUUACAUAUAGUUGUUCAUGCAGACGAGUUGGAGGAUUUGAUAACUUACUACCAGGAUAGAGGUCAUUUUGAGGAAUUGAUAGGAUUAUUAGAAGCUGCACUUGGUUUAGAACGGGCUCAUAUGGGAAUGUUUACCGAGUUGGCUAUUCUUUACUCCAAGUACAAACCUGCUAAAAUGCGUGAGCACUUGGAGUUAUUCUGGUCACGAGUUAACAUCCCGAAGGUAUUACGUGCUGCCGAACAAGCCCACCUUUGGUCCGAAUUGGUGUUUUUGUUUGACAAAUAUGAGGAAUACGAUAAUGCAGUACUGGCCAUGAUGGCACAUCCAACCGAAGCGUGGCGUGAAGGACACUUCAAGGAUAUCAUUACAAAAGUAGCCAAUAUUGAGCUUUACUAUAAAGCCAUUCAAUUUUAUCUGGACUAUAAACCGCUGUUGUUAAACGAUAUGCUGCUUGUACUGGCGCCUCGUAUGGAUCACACCCGUGCUGUGAACUUUUUCACUAAACAAGGUCAUCUUCAGUUAGUUAAAACGUAUCUACGUUCGGUGCAGAGUUUGAAUAAUAAGGCGAUAAAUGAGGCUCUUAAUGGUUUGUUGAUUGACGAGGAAGACUAUCAGGGACUCAGAACCUCGAUUGAUGCUUUCGAUAAUUUUGAUAACAUUGCUCUUGCUCAAAAAUUGGAAAAGCACGAAUUGACUGAAUUUAGACGAAUUGCUGCUUACUUGUACAAAGGAAACAACCGUUGGAAGCAAAGUGUGGAACUAUGCAAAAAAGAUCGCCUAUUCAAAGACGCCAUGGAAUAUGCUGCAGAGUCACACCAAGGUGAAAUCGCUGAAGAAUUACUCGGUUGGUUUCUGGAGAGAGGCGCGUAUGAUUGUUUUGCGGCUUGUCUUUUCCAGUGCUACGAUUUAUUGCGUCCCGACAUCAUUCUUGAGCUAGCUUGGCGUCACAACAUCAUGGAUUUUGCAAUGCCCUACCUAAUUCAGGUGACAAGGGAAUACACCUCUAAAGUUGACAAAUUGGAGGCAACCGAUGCUGAACGACAGAAAGAGGGUGAGCGUUCGGAGCAUAAAUCAAUCAUCUUGCCCGAACCCCAACUCAUGCUAACAGCAGGCCCUGGUAUGGGAAUGUCUCAGUAUGCUCCACAGUACACUGGAGGCUACGUAGCGCCGCAACCCAAUAUUUCACCAUAUCCCGGAUAUGGUGCGUUCAGCUAAGAUAAAUAAUGCUGAAAAAAUUUGUUGAUUUGGAAUGCUGUCAAUUUAUUGAGAGCAAAGACAGCAACCAGGAAAACAAAAAUGGCAACCAGGAAAACAAAAAUGGCAUUAGAAAGAUAUUCUUAGUUGACAAAUGAUACGUCAGUUCGCUUACUAAAUUUGUGCUGUAAACAUUUUGAAACUUAUCAUUAGAAAUAGUUAAAUUUAAUUUAUAAGCCUAUAGAAUUCAAGUAAAUUGCCUAAUAUUGUACUCAACGAGAGCUGAAAUAAACAUGAAGUAAAGAAUAGGUAUGUUUUAGUUAAAUCAUUAUCCGCUUAUUGUAGCAUGUAACUUUAAAUCGUGAAUGUGCCGAAUAAAAAUCAAAGCAUUGACGAAUAGACCUUUCUUGUCCGACCUAAACCCUGUGAUGGACUGGAAGGUUUUGUACUGAAAAUGCUUUCUUGUACCAUACGUAAACUAGUAUCGACAAUUCAUGAGUUGAAAGUGAUCGACAGGCAACUUUUUAUAGUUAAGGUAACAACGAUUCGUCUCAAACAUGCGCUUUUCACUUGAAGUGUGAACACUCGUCGUAUAGUCCAAAUCGGAGUGAAAUAGGCAAAUCCAAUUUCGAGUUCCUACCAGCAUGCCUAUAGAAACCGAAUAAUAAAGAUACUACUGCUCCGUUUGAAAUACGAAUUAAUAUAAAAACGUUUACAGCUGAAUUGAAAUUCCAUGUUAGAGCAUGGAGCCUCUUUGUUAUUCUAGAAUCUUUAAGCAUGCCAUUGUCUGGUCAUCGAAACCUCGUUAAUCUUGAAUCGCUUGUGAUUCAACAAAAACCAGUCAAACUCAAUCCAGAACCGGCUUAGAAUCUCGAAUGCAACAGCAGAUUCCGGCUCAAUCGAUUGGUGCACCAGAGCUAGAAACCAUUCAGGUCUCCGAGUCGGUUCCGGAAUGAAUGGGAACGUACACUUUUAUCAAACUUUGAAGAAGGGAACACACUGGCAUGAUAGUCCAAUUUAGUGAAAAAUUAGUCAUUGUA